GUCACUGACGCGUCAUGAUCAGCUGCUAUAAUCAGCCUACGCUUGUGGUGGUGAUUCCCAACGUACUCGGGUUUAUCUCGAAACGUCUCACAUCCACUGUUACCUCUUAGCGUAUUUAUAUUUUAGCACAGCAUAUUCAGACUUUAGGACAGAAACGGCACUAGUCCAGUCGGAAUCAUGUCUGUAGCGGGACUGAAGAAACAAUUCCACAAAGCCACUCAGAGAGUUAGUGAAAAGGUCGGAGGGGCAGAGGGAACUAAAUUAGAUUUAGACUUCAUGGAAAUGGAAAAGAAAGUUGACGUCACCACAAGGGCUGUGAUGGACAUUAUGACCAAGACAACGGAGUACCUACAGCCCAAUCCAGCAACUCGUGCCAAAAUGAGUAUGAUGAGCUCCAUGUCUAAAAUCCGUGGGGGGGAUAAAGGUCCUGGCUACACACAGACUGAAGUCAUCCUGGCAGAGUCCAUGCAAAAGUUUGGGAGGGAACUCGGGGAGGAAUCCAGCUUUGGUCUGGCUCUGAUCGAUGUUGGAGAAGCCAUGCGAGAGCUAGGUGAAGUUAAAGAUGCUCUAGACAUGGAGGUCAAGCAAAACUUUAUUGAUCCCUUGCAGAAUAUGCAUGAUAAAGACUUAAAAGAAAUCCAGCAUCACCUGAAGAAGUUGGAAGGCCGACGGUUGGACUUUGACUAUAAGAAGAAAAGGCAAGGAAAAGUCACAGAAGAUGAGAUCAAACAGGCCUUGGAGAAGUUUGAUGACUCAAAGGAGGUUGCCGAACAAAGCAUGUUUAACCUUCUGGAGAGUGAUAUUGAACAAGUGAGUCAGCUUUCUGCUCUGGUCCAAGCUCAGGUGAACUACCACAGACAGGCCACAGAGAUCCUUCAGCAGCUGUCCAGCAAGUUAGAGGACAGAAUAAGAGAGACUUCUAAUAAGCCAAGAAGAGAGUAUGUCCCCAAACCUCGUACUUCCAUUGAUUUCAGUGAGAAUCACAAUGGGAACAGUGGGCACAGUGGCCCUUCCAGGUCACCAGCUCCAAUGGACCAGCCUUGCUGUCGGGCACUUUAUGAUUUCGACCCUGAAAAUGAGGGUGAGCUAGGUUUCAAGGAAGGUGACAUCAUCACCUUAAGCAGCAAGAUUGAUGACAACUGGUAUGAAGGAGUGAUCAAUGGGCAAUCUGGCUUCUUCCCUGUCAAUUAUGUAGAUAUCCUGGUAGCUUUACCCCAGUAAGUCUUAUGCAUGUACCCAAAUCAUGACCCAACCAAUCAAACCACUUCUUCUGCAAGAAGAGAAAAUAACCAAAACAAACCGCACAAACAGCUCUGUGGUAUUUGCUCAUAGGAAAUAAGCAACAAAAUCAUUUGAGUGGUCUUUCGUAAAUAUAAUUCCUGACUUUGAAUGCCACCACUUUGUUGUAUUAAUUUAAUUAAGGUUGAUCUGACCUCUGCAUUGCCUGCUGCUAUUCCUCCUGUACUUUCAGACAUUGUUCAUUUUUGCCUGUUUCCAUUUGCAACAGCAAGCCUUGAAUUGGUCUCUUUAUCCAAACCCUUUUAAAAAAAACAUCUGCAAUAAAAUAAGAAAAUGUGUUUUAGUUUUUACGUUCUGAGCAUAAUGUAUUUAUGAAAAGUUAUUUGAAGAAUAAUGAUUAAGGUGAUGUGAAGUAUUAAACAUUUUAAGGAUUUUUUUUUUUCUUUGAAAUUGCAAUAGUUGCAAAAACAACUUCCUGUUCAUAGUGUGAAAUGUUCCAAUGUUUCUUUAAUGUCCUAAAAUACAUUGUAGCCUUUAUGUGGUGGUAGAUUUAACUAUUUAAAUAGAUUAAUAUUUCGCAACAGAGAAAAAAAUUGAGACAAGGAAAGUUAAGCAGAUCAUUUCUUUGUUUUUACAGUGUGUCAUUUAUCUAUCAUGUAACAUUCUGUACGGUCCAUGAAUCCAGUGGGCAUUUUCAAGCUUUCAUAUCACAUUCCAUAGAUGGUAAACUGGUCACUAAAAGGUAACCCUUUUGUGUGUGUGUUACUAUAUGCCUGUAUACGAGUAUGUUAUCUGAACCUAUGAAACUGUGCAUAUCAAACAUUUUUCAUGUAUUUUUCUUUUCCUUUUGUAAAGGUGAAGUGUGUCGUUUUUGUGCUAGUAAUCACAACAAACAAAACUGUAAAGAAAUUACAUCAAAAACGGGUUUUCCAGACAGUAAGUGUCACAGAGCAACAGUUUUUAAACUCUUUAAGGAUCUGAUUAAUACAUGGUUGUUUCACCUCAUCAUUAAACUGGAAGUAUUUUAACCUCACAAAAAUUGCACGCGUCACCUGGUGUCAGAUUUAAGGCAUGGAUUAAUUUCUGACUGUAAAUGAUGUAUAAUUUGGCCUAAUAUUUCCACAGACAGAAUAAGAAAAUUUAAGUGAGUUUAGUUGAUGCAUUUAUUAUUGUCAAAUCGAAGAUCCCUUUAUAUUUUAAAAAUAAAAUGACCUUAUCUUGUAUUGGCAGGACAUUCCAAUAUUUUUUCAAUUGUUGUUUAUCCUCAGUGAGGUCUGUACAGUCAUUUUUGUGUUUUAUUUCCUAUUUGUGUACAGUCACGUAACUAUAGUACCAUGUGUUACUUUUGGAUCAGUGUUAAAGCAUUUACCACUAGAUAUAAAAUAGACACUGGAUAUUUAUUAAAGUGCUGCAUAUCAACUCCAGCAUGAAUUUUCAGUAACUCAUCUGAAUUGUUAGGCUUGUUCUGGAAAUGAAAAAUAGUGCAACUAAAAUAAAAAA